GCCGCCGUCAGUCUUCCUGCUCGGGAGCAUCGAUGAAUUGAGCGAGUUGGGGGGAUUCUGACGACUUUGAACGCAGCAGCCGCCGUCAGUCUUCCUGCUCAGGAGCAUCGAUUAAUUGAGCGAGUUGGGGGGAUUCUGACGACUUUGAACGCAGCAGCCGCCGUCAGUCUUCCUGCUCGGGAGCAUCGAUGAAUUGUGCGAGUUGGGGGGGAUUCCGACGACUUUGAACGCAGCAUCAGUCUUCCUGUUCGGGAGCAUCGAUGAAGUGAGCAAGUUGGGGGGAUUCCGACGACUUUGAACGCAGCAGCCGCCGUCAGUCUUCCUGCUCGGGAGCAUCGAUUAAUUGAAGCGAGUUGGGGGAAUUCCGACGACUUUGAUCGCAGCAUCAGUCUUCCUGCUCGGGAGCAUCGAUGAAGUGAGCGAGUUGGGGGAUUCCGACGACCCUUAACGCAGUUCGCCGUCAGUCUUUCUGCUAGGGAGCAUCGAUGAAGUGAGCGAGUUGGGGGGAUUCCGACGACUUUGAACGCAGCAGCCGCCGUCAGUCUUCUUGCUCGGGAGCAUCGAUGAAGUGAGCGAGUUGGGGGGAUUCCGACGACUUUGAAAGCAGCAGCCGCCGCCGGUCUUCCUGCUCGGGACCACCGAUGAAGUGAGCGAGUUGGGGGGAUUCCGACGACUUUGAAAGCAGCAUCAGUCUUCCUGCUCGAUGAAGUUCUGUCCAAGAUGGCGGACUUCCUGCCGUCCCGCGCCGUCCUAUCCGCGUGUUUCCCGCACUGCCUGCUUAGCAGCGGGGAGGCCGAGCAGCUGCAGAGGUCCAAGGAGAUAGACAAGUGUCUUCUGCGGGACAAGACCUACGUGAAGCGGCUAGUUAAAAUCCUGCUCCUGGGAGCGGGCGAGAGCGGCAAGUCGACUUUCCUCAAGCAGAUGCGGAUCAUCCACGGCCGCGACUUCGAGCAGAGAGCCAAGGAGGACUUCCGAGACACCAUUUAUAGCAACGUUAUUAAAGGUAUUCGAGUGUUAGUGGAUGCUCGAGAAAAGCUCCACAUCCCAUGGGGCAACUUGUCCAACCAGCGCCAUGGAGACGUGUUGAUGGCCUUCGACACGCGGUCUAUGGUGGCCCAUGGCCAUGGUCUGGUGCAGCCUAAGGUUUUUCAGCACUACUUGCCAUCCAUCCGGGCCCUGUGGACUGACCAGGGAAUUCAGACCGCUUAUGACCGUCGCAGAGAAUUCCAGUUGGGGGAGUCGGUCAGAUAUUUCCUGGACAAUUUGGAAAAGCUUGGACAGUCGGACUACCUCCCCAGCCAGCAGGACAUCCUCCUGGCCAGAAAGCCCACCAAGGGCAUCCACGAAUACCACUUUGACAUCAAGAAUGUGCCUUUUAAAAUGGUGGACGUGGGCGGUCAGCGUUCUGAGAGGCGACGAUGGUUUGAAUGCUUCGACUCCGUCACGUCCAUCCUCUUCCUUGUCUCCUCCUCUGAAUAUGACCAGGUGUUAAUGGAAGAUCGACAUACCAAUCGACUGAGCGAGUCUCUCAACAUCUUUGAGACCAUCGUCAACAAUCGAGUGUUCACCAACGUUUCCAUUAUCUUGUUCCUAAACAAGACGGACCUGCUGGAGGACAAGGUGAGGCAGGUGUCCAUCAGAGACUAUUUUCCAGAAUUCUCAGGCGAACCUACAAGCCUGGCGGACGUCCAAGUCUUCUUGGUGGAGUGUUUUCGAAAGAAGCGCAGGGAGCAACAGCAGAAACCACUUUACCACCAUUUCACCACCGCCAUCAACACUGAAAACAUCCGCCUGGUGUUCCGAGAUGUUAAAGACACCAUCUUGCAUGACAACCUCAAGCAGCUCAUGUUGCAGUGACACAGGAACAUGACCAGGGACAUGACCAGGAAUAUGACCAGGAACAUGACCAGGAACAUGAUGGUGCAAGUUGCUGAUGUCUUCUUGUCCACCAGCCUGCAGGGGAACAGCCCAUGUUCUCUAGUCCCUAAUGGACAUGUAGACUAUGAAAGGAGGUCACCAUGUCCUCUAGUCCCAAGUGGACAUGUAGACUAUGAAAGGAGGUCACCAUGUCCUCUAGUCCCAAAUGGACAUGUAGACUAUGAAAGGAAGUCACCACUACUAGCAAACAUUCCUGAUCUUUGCCUUACUUAGCAUAUUAAGGAGCAUAAAAUCCAUCUUUCUUACACACACACACACACACACAUUCAUACACACACACAUACAUACAUAAAGACAUACACACAUGGAUACACACAAACACACACAAUGUGUGUUUAGUGUAAAUGACAUUUUUUAAUGAUGGAUUCCUUUUCUACAAAUGUAUGUAUUAGCAUGUUUUAGUAACAAGUGUACCAGUUGUGUUCAUGGACACACUUCAGAGAGAACAUCAUCUUCACUCAUUCUUUCACCCACCACUUUUACAACCAUCUUUUAUUUCCAUGUCAAUAAGAUGCACUCUCACUCUUUACUACUGUGCAGACAUAUUGUCUUCUUUUCCUUUUCACAACUACCAACGUAUACCGCAUAUACCACUGUGCAACUACUUAACACCAACGUAUACCACAUACUUGGACUUAGACUUCCUUUUAUUGUCAUUCAAAUGUGAACUUUACAGUACAGAUAAGAAGGUUGCAUUAGCUGCUUGUAGUGCAGGAUAAAAGAGCAAUAAGGUGCAGAUAUAAAUAAACAGAUUACUGUACAGAUAAAUAUAUUGCACUUUU